GGAUGGCCCAGGCUGGCGCCGCGCUGGGGGGCGGUCGGGAGGCUCUGCGGGGCGGCGCCGCUGCAGCUGCUGCCGCUGCCGGGCGCGGAGUCCUAGUUCUCGUCUCAGUUUCGGCGGAGCCGGCUGCCGGUCUGCCUGGGGCGAUGGCAAACGGCCCCAGCUCCCGUGGCGGCGCGGCCCCCGGCUAGAGCCCCUCGGCCGCUGAUGGGAGCUGGGGGGCGCCGCGCUGCGGGAAAUCCGAUCCCCGGGCUGUGGCCGUUGAAAUAACUCCGGGAAGCGGUUCCCUUCCAUCACGGGCCUGUGUUCGGACCUUUGUUACGGCUCAUGCCGCCUGCUGGUUCCCUGAUGCGGAAUGGCGCGUUAUUUAUACCUCGCCUGGGACUCUGUGUGGGCUACAGGAAAGCGAUGUUACAGCUUCCCUGGCAGGCUUAUGCCAGUUUUUCUGGUGCUCCAGUGAAAGUGAAUGCUAUUGAUAACUCAUGGAGAGCUCCAAAAGGAGAUGUGCCAGUGUUGAUAUCAGAAGACACAGUUAUUACUCAGCCAGCAAAAAUACUAAACUUCUUAAGAAAACAGAAAUACAAUGCUGAUUAUGAACUAUCUGCAAAACAAGGAGCUGACACACUGGCCUACAUUGCACUACUUGAAGAAAAACUGCUUCCUGCUGUGCUGCACACAUUCUGGGUCGAGGCUGAAAAUUACUGUACUGUGACAAAGCCGUGGUUUGCUUCAAGGAUUCCAUUUCCAUUGAGUUUGUAUCUACCUGGGAAGAUGUCCAGGGAAGCACUUAACAGGAUCCUGCUGAUGAGGGGAGAGCCUCCACUAUACAGUCUGAGUGAAGUAGAAGCACAGAUAUACAGAGAUGCCAAGGAGUGCCUAAAUCUUCUAUCAAACAGAUUGGGAACAUCUCAGUUUUUCUUUGGAAAUAUGCCUACAACCUUAGAUGCCUUUGUAUUUGGUUUUCUUGCACCUCUUUAUAAAGUGCGCUUCCCUAGAGUCCAAUUACAAGAGCACUUGAAACAGCUUUCCAACCUGUGUCGCUUCUGUGAUGACAUCCUGAGUGGUUACUUUAGACUUAAUGUUACAGAUGGACGAUAACCUUCGUAAGAGUCCUCAACAUCCCCCUCGGAAGCUGACAACACUCAAACUUAGUGCAACAGGAGAUGAAAGCAGUUCAUUGAAUCGCUUGUCGCCCUGACAGCCUGUGUUGCCAUGUAUGUGUGUUUGCCUUCAAGUAAUCUGAACUUCACAGUAAUUCUUUACAUAAAUGUGGUCUGACAAGGGGAUGAAUCACCUAAUAUGGUAUAAAACAUCCCAUGCUGUCUGUCCCUAUAGGAAAAUGUAUAGUCUAGUGAACUAACACUAAGUUGAGGAUAGAGUGAAUCCUUAAACAAUGUACUGUAUGAAAUUGCCUUAACUUCUGGAGAUUUCUGCCUUUUAGGCUAGCACAUUUGUUGACUAAGAUUUCAUUUUACUUUUAAGAUUUUUGGUUUUACUGUAACCAGGUUAUAGCUUGAUCAGGUUGCUAUACACUAGUGUAGCUACUUAAUCACCACUUCUUGCAUUUUUCUAGAUUUUAGCAGACUACCAAAUUCAGUUCUAAAAUGGGAAAGCAAUGAAAGAUUAUCUUUGAUGGCAGACAAGAACCGAAUAGCAAUGAGGGAUGCUGGCCAUUUGUUAAUGUGCUUUCACAAAUAAUGUAUUGUGUAUGUCUUAUAUUUUAAGAGUAUGUAUUUUUUAAAAGUCACAUUGCACUGCUAGGAGGCACAGUGACCAAAUGUACUAAACAUCACCUCUGAACCUUUAUUGAGAUCUGGCCUCAGUCAAACAAGUUUCAUCAGCCUGCUGGAUAGCCAUGCUACAAAAUCAUAGCACAAACUAUAAUAUAGAAAGAUUGCCAGUGUUGGUUCAACAAAGGCAAAAGACCAGACUAGCUGGUCUGGACUGAAGUGCAUUGGUUAGGGUUGUGAGAAGAGGCUUGCACAGGCCUUUCUACUUUAUACUGCUGGCCAGUCUCUAACCAGUCAUCAGUGUCUCACUUUUAUAAGCACUAUCAUUCACCCAAAAACUAAAACAAAAGCCAUCUAAACUUAUUCCUUGAUCAUCAAGUCUUUGAGAGUGUCACACUGAAAAUUCUUCAUUGAAUUGUUAAAGGAGAUGCACAUGUAAUUAUGUUUCCUCUUAGCAGCACUGUCAGUUUUAGAAAUCCAAAUAAUUCUGAAAUUUUGGUAUGUUGACAGAUGCUUUAUUAAUGAUAUCAUCAGAUUACUAAAGAUGCUCAGCCAAAAUGGGAGCUGCUUUUUGUCAAGUGUUAAUUCAAGAUUUCAUCUUAGAGAGCGUUGAUGCAGACGAGUAUAUGUGCAAGAUUACUACUAACUUUAUUUGACAAGUCAAACUAAGAAGUCUCUUGACAUUUUUUCUCUCAACUUUUCCAAUGUUCAGUAUAUGUAGAUAAACUAUUUAUACAGACAAGACUGUGGAUUGUGUAAAUACUGUACUUUAUCAGCAAGGAAUGUAAUCUUAACUUUAAUAUAUCUUGUUAUUUAUAAUAAAAUGUGUCUCCAGUGGACACGUGGAAAUAAACUUUGUUACAUGCUACUUCUAGAAUGUUUUAGCAAUUUGAGACAUACUGAAACCACACACAAUAAUUGAAUAAAAUAACUUUCAUGUACAUCCCUAGGGUUGUCAAAUGUUUUGAAAAUUUUUACUGUCUGCAUCUUGACGGGAUUUAGAAUGAGAUCAUGUUGCAUAAUUUCUCCAAAGUUCUUUCAUAAUCUAACAAACAUGUAAUUGUGAAGAAAAGUAUAACUUAGUUAGUCUGUUUUGUGAAUAUGUAUGUUUGCCCUUUAAAACCAUAUUUUGUAAAAUAGUUGAACUCUUGCUUUGAGAUUAAAGGGGUUUUUGAAGCACUUAUCCAGAACUAAAAGUUUGUGUUAGAGGCAAAGUUUCCUAUGGAAGCGUUUGCAUAUGAUCUAAGAGACACUGCUACAGAGUAAUGAAAGGGAAGCUUAGUUUGCAGUUGGUAGAAUAAAAGAGAUCACGAUAGGUGGAUUUGUGUAUUACAUUUGUUUACAUUUAAAUUAUAAGCUUUUGAAUAAUUUAGUUUUUUUAUAUUAAAUAUAUAUAUAUAUGAUCAAGACUCCUCCAAUCUGAUUAAAUCUGAGUACUGUUUGUUGUUGGAACCCCUUUGGUCAGACUGGAAUCAAGCCCCAUUUAGUCUUAAUUUACCAAUUAGUUAAUAUUAAUAUUAAGGGUUUUUAUUUAGUGACUACUCAUUCCAGUCAGUGGCCAAAUGUUGUUAAAUUUUUUGUGCAGACCAAUAUUUAAGCAAUGUAACUCAAAUGUAAAAAUAAACUUUAUGUGGAAAUCUUAACCUCUGGUAUGAAGACAGACAUCAGAUUACGUGUGCGCUACACUUAGGUGGUGGGCAGAGUUUGAUGAAUCAGUUGUGUCAUUCAGUGAUUGCCCCAGGCGCUGUCUGAGAAUGAAAAUGAAUGGGCCUAUGAAGUCACAAUGCAGUUCUGUGUGAGCUAAAGUAUGCAGUUUGGUGUGGAUAUCAAGUGUUUAAAUAUGGCUUGUAUGUAUAGGUCCUUUUUAAAAACAAAAAUAAAGCAAAUUUUUCUGUAACUUUC